GGUGUUGCUAGCUCUGUAUGCUGGCUGUGCGCCAUCUUAAAGUAGUAAGGUGCUUGGAGAGAGAGUCAGACAAACUGAUAUUAGAAAGACGAGGCCUUUUAUCCCCCUUUUUUUACAUUAUUUCUGAUCAAUGGCUGGUCUACCAAGAAGAAUUAUCAAGGAGACUCAGCGGCUCAUGGCCGAGCCUGUACCUGGAAUAAGUGCCACACCUGAUCAGUCAAAUGCUCGAUAUUUCCAUGUGGUAGUUGCAGGGCCAUCAGAGUCUCCAUAUGAGGGAGGUGUUUUUAAUCUAGAACUCUUUCUUCCGGAAGAAUAUCCUAUGUCAGCACCAAAAGUGAGAUUUCUGACAAAAAUAUAUCAUCCAAAUAUAGAUAAACUUGGCAGGAUAUGUCUAGAUAUUCUAAAAGAUAAAUGGAGUCCAGCAUUGCAGAUUCGUACUGUUCUUCUGUCUAUUCAAGCACUACUCAGUGCCCCAAACCCAGAUGAUCCCUUAGCAAAUGAUGUAGCAGAACAAUGGAAACUAAAUGAGGCAGCAGCAAUUCAGAAAGCUCGUGAAUGGACUCAGCUUUAUGCUCAGAAUACUGUGUGAGCUGCAAAGAAAUAUCAGCUGAUGUGGCAGCAAGAGACAGUAAAAUGAUGACGACAAUGACACAAGACAGCAACGAUGACUAUAAUAUCACCAAUUUGAAAACAAACAAAACACAACAAAACAAAACAAACAAACAAACAAACAAAAAAGUUCCGCCUGGUGUCACAUCUGUCCAGGACUUUGAGCAAUGGCUGUUGCUUUCUAUAAAUAGUAUUUGGUUUUAGUCGGUAGGUCCUUCCUCCCACUUUCUUGGGCCUUGUGAUAUGUGCUGCAUCCAUAUCCCUUAUCCUUACCGACUGACAGAUGGACCAGACAGUGCAGCAUCAAACAGUGGACUUCUGCCCCUUCCCACGACACAUCUAUCAAUUGGCUAUUUGCCAAAGAUGGCCUACACAAGUGGUCUGCUGACCACUUUAAUUUCCACUAUUACCACUGCUGGUUGCAACACAAUUUUAAAAAAUAAAAAAAAAUAAAAAAUAAGAACUAUAUAUAUAUGUAUAUGUGUGUGUAUGUAUGUAUGUAUAUAUAUAUAUAUAUAUAUAUAUAUAUAUAUAUAUAAAAUUAUAUAGAAAAAUCUAUAAUAAAAUAAUUUCAAAAAGAAAUCAGGUUCCCCCCAUCCUUUUUUUCUUUUUCUUAUUUGUUUGUUUCCUCACAAUUUUUGAAAGCAGAUUUUGGAGAACCAACCAAUGUUAAUUAAACUGGUUGGUUAUUGGAUUUGAAAGAAAUUAUCUCCCAUUUACUGUUUCUAAGCUGAUAUUGUAGUUUAUAGAGUGAAAAUUACACUCCUAAUUCUCUACAGCUGAUUUACUUGAAAUAAAAACAUCUAAUUAUUACUGCUAGCUAGUGUGGUUUCUCUCUUCACUCUCAGCUAUUUCAUUCCAUAGAUUAACAGGGGAGGGAAAAUUGCGUAAAUUAUAUUGAAAAGUAUAAUUUUAAAAAAAAAUCUUAUCACAAGUUAUUUUAAUACUCAAUUAUUAAAUCAGUUUCACUCUUGUAGCUAUUGCUCUAAUUUUAUAUAUAUAUAUAUAUUUAAAAGCAAAUAUUCUCUAGUCAUCAUCAUAUAAUCCAUUCUUGGUUAAAUUGUAUUUCUAUAUAUUUAAGUAUUUAGGAAUAACCCCCUUGGCCCUACUUUUUAAUAUUUGUGACUGAAAAAAAUUUGUGGAGAGGUGAGCUGCUAAUUGUUCUUAUCAACAUGAAGCUGUACUGUAAUAGUCAAUGUAGGUUUCUUCAAUUCUGAUGAUUUAAACAAGGUGAGAUAUUUUGUUCCAUCCAGCUGAUUAAACCAGUAUAUAAUUUGAAUUUUGGUGUUCACAAAGAAAAAAAAAAAAAAGAAAAAAAAUUAACAAAUGAUGCAACUUUGUUAGUUUUAUUCUGUUUGAAGAUGGCUUAUUAACUGGCAAAAGCUGAUUCUUUAAAUUAAAUCCAUCAUCAAACCCAUCUCGUGUUACCUCUGCUUCUGUAAGAAACUUUUCAUUUGUUUGUUAAACAGCUUUGAUGAAAUAUUAAAACUGAAUCCAACUUU